UUUCAAAUCAACUAGACACUGGAAACAUGGCAGCAAUCGACUUGACCACCGACGGCGGCGUGAAGAAGGAAAUUCUCUCGGAAGGUACCGGCGAAUUCCCGCCCAAGGGGUACGAGAUCCGAGCGCACUACACUGGAACGCUGCUUGACGGGACAAAGUUUGACAGCUCCCGCGACCGCAACCAGGUGUUUACCUUUGUCCUCGGCAAGGGAAACGUCAUCAAGGCUUGGGAUUUGGGGUUUGCUACGAUGAAAGUUGGUGAACGCGCGAUUCUCACCUGCGCCCCAGAAUACGCGUACGGUGCGUCGGGCAGCCCACCUAAAAUUCCUCCGAACGCAACGCUCAAGUUUGAUGUCGAAUUGCUCGGCUUUUCCCCCAAGAAGAAGGAAAUGUGGGAAAUGAGUGUGGACGAAAAGCUCAAGGAAGCGGAGACCUCCAAGCAACAAGGCACGGCGCUUUUCAAAGCGGGAAAAUUCGCCCAAGCCAAUGAAGCAUAUUUGGAAGGCGCCAAAUAUACGGAAAGCGACCACGACUCAUCGGAUGACGAAAAGGGUUCGCUGAAGGAAGUGCAGACGGUGCUGUACUUGAACAGUGCCAUGGCGUUGCUGAAGGCGCAAGACUACGCAGCAGCUGCCAGCUCGGCGACAAAGGCGUUGAAGAAUGACAAGAACAAUGUCAAGGCGUUGUACCGCCGUGGGGUUGCGUUGCUUCACACGAACGACUUGGACCGCGCCAAAGAAGAUUUGACGGCGGCUGCGAAGUUGGAUCCUCAGAACCGCGAUGUGCGACGCGAGCUCGUCGUGUUGAAGGAAAAGUUGGCUGCCGCUAAAGAAGUGCAAAAGGGCGUGUACGGUGGCCUGUUCAAUAAGAUGUCCAUUUACACGGACAAGGAAGUCGUGAUUAAGAACAUCUCGAUUGACGACGCCGACGACGAAGGAAACCCGUUUGUGUGGCUCGACAUUACCAUUGGCGAAGAAUUGGUCGGUCGUAUUCAUCUCCAAUUGUACGCGAACGUGGUCCCGAAGACCGCCGAGAACUUCCGCGCGUUGUGCACGGGCGAACACACGAGCAAAGUGUCGGGCAAACAGCUCACGUUCAAGGGCUCGUCGUUCCACCGCGUGAUCAAGAACUUCAUGUUGCAAGGCGGAGACUUCACCCGUGGCGACGGCACGGGCGGCGAAAGCAUCUAUGGCGAAAAGUUUGCCGACGAAAACUUCAAGAUUCAACACACGCAGGCCGGUCUGUUGUCGAUGGCGAACGCUGGACCAGGGACGAACGGCUCGCAGUUUUUCAUCACGACGGUCCCAACGCCUCAUUUGGACGGCAAGCACGUUGUGUUUGGCCGCGUCAUGGACGGCAUGGACAUUGUGAAGAAGAUUGAAGCCAUCGAAACCGAUGCUGGCGACAAGCCCAAGGUCCCCGUGAUCAUUUCGGAUUGCGGUAUCUUCAAGGUGGACGAAUAAAGUAAUUAUUAACAGCGGGGCAGCGUGUCUCAUUUGCCAUCGAUGCGCAUGCUGUGGCAUCAAGGCGUGGCGGCGGCAGGCGGCGCGGCAAUUCCACAUCGUGGGUGCACCUCAAUGCACGCCCGGCCUGCCAAGCAAAUUGUCACUCGGAAUGUCACACAUUUUGAUUGGCUGAAAUUGAGGCAACAACAUUGGAUGUAAGACAUACAAACAUCAAGUGUAAUGGGGCUUUCAUACAAACGGCGAAUUUGGUCAAUCGACGUGGCGUUUUUUGCUUUGCCUACAAAUAGAAAGUCAAAACAUUCACU